GUUCAAAAACUAUAAAACCCCUCAUAAACCUCUCUUCUCAAUUUGUGAUAACAACUCCAAAAUUUAAAAAAAGAGGAAGAGAAAUCCAACGAUACUACAAAUUCCUGCGUGCCUACUCCUACUGCACAAGCGCAUAACCAUUUCAGGAGCGAUAGAAGCAAAUGGGUCUGUCUCGAUGGUUUAGUAGAAAACUUAAGGAACUAAAAUCAAGAAAACAAAGGGAGGGUGAAGGCACAUCCCUUAGUGCCACAAAUAGUCCUUCGAGGUCUUCAGGACAUCACCAACCCCGAUUAUUCACUUUUCGUGAACUUUCAGCCGCAACAAAGAACUUUAGGCAACAAUUUCUUCUCGGGAUGGGUGGCUUUGGGUCUGUAUACAAGGGCAGAUCACGAAAAACUGGCCAGCUCAUUGCAGUUAAACAUCUAAAUCGUCGAGGGUUACAAGGUCAGGCGGAGUUUCUUGUGGAAAUUCUCAUGCUUUCUCUUCUUCAGCAUUCCAACAUUAUCCGUAUGUUUGGUUACUGCGACGAUGGAGUCCGGCGUCUUAUUGUGUAUGAAUACAUGCCCCUGGGAAGUUUGGAGGACCACCUUCAUGAUUUAACGCCUGAUAUGCUGCCGCUGGACUGGAAUACAAGGAUGAAAAUAGCAGCUGGGAUAGCCAGAGGAUUGAAUUACCUUCAUAAUGAAGCCAUUCCUCCAGUUAUCUAUGGCGACAUGAAACCUUCCAAUGUAUUAUUAGGUGACGGGUUCCAACCUAAAAUUUCUGAUUUUGGGCUAGCAAAGUUUGGGGAUGGAGAGAACUGGAAUCUUGUUUCGAAUGUUGUUUCUUCUGCUCCGAAUGUUGUUUCAAAUGUUGCUUCUUCUGGCACUACUUAUGCGUUGGUGGUGACGGGUACUGCUGGAUAUGUUGCACCUGAAUGUAGUGCCUCUGGAACACUUACAGUCAAGUCAGAUAUAUACAGUUUUGGUGUGCUGUUGUUGGAGUUGCUGACAGGACGGGAAGCAAUGGAGCUUGAUGCAAAUCAACGUGAAGAGUCAAUUGUGGAAUGGGCACGGAAGAAGUUGAGGUUCCGCACCAUCCUUGACAUAGCUGAUCCACUGCUGCAAGAGAAUUUUAAACUGCCUAAUUUGAGCAAAGCCAUGACACUGGCGUUGUCAUGUGUGCAAGACGAUCCUGAUUCGCGGCCUAACACGGCCACUGUGUUGCAAACCUUGGAAAGUUUGGCUGCAGAAGCGGUUGGUGGUGCCACUUUAUGGGGGAGUCAGACAAGAACGCCUGAGAGAGGAUCAGGCCCAAGCAGCAGUACGUUGAACCCAAAUACAAGCGGGCGGCGGCGGGCGUACUCACGCUGAUGACUAGAAGUGGGUGUAGGUGAUUGAGAAACUCAAAACGUUGCUUGAUUUGCACAUUAUUGUUUGAGAUGUGAGAAGAGAAUUAUAAUAAAAUAGUAGGCUCUAUAUUCGUGGAAA